CCGAGAAUAGUCGUCCUUAACUUCCUUAACUUUUCCCAUUCAUUCUCUAUGGUAGUUCUUAUCACUACGGAUGUAAUAUUUUUCUGGCCACAAGCGGGAUUUUGGUGGCGCUGUUUCCCCCCUCGGCAGAAGUAAGGAGAUGAUUUCUUUUCUGAGUGACAGACAGCAUCGAACGUUCUCGGGCGUUGAACGUUCUGGAAGAGUUGACAUUUAUUUUCAUCCGUGGACAAGUUUACUUUUCGCCAGGAGACACCAAGUUAACAACAACAAGUUAGCUUUUCAAUUUGAAAAGAAAUCAUGAAUCCCGUCAGCUUCUUCCCCGGAAAGAUGACGGUGACAUUUAGGAGGGGACCAUCGGGUCAUCUGCGGCAGGACCCAUCCUCUGAGGCCAUGAGGAUAAAACAUAAUCCUGGGCUUCAGGUCAAUAGUCCCGCUGAGAAACCUGAGCUAGUGAAGACCAGCGCUCGCACUGUGGUCAUCCAGCGAGGAGGGGAUGUGUCGGACCGACAGGAGGUGAUGGGAGAGUACCUGCUGCAGUUUGGCAAGUACCAGGGAAAAUCGUUCAAGUGGCUCCUCGAGAACGAUGUUGGCUACACCAUCUACCUGAUGAAAAAGGUAGACGAUGAGGAGAGAGCCGGGACCUUCAACCCACAGGGACACAGUAAGGACAGCCUGCUGUCUUUUCUGGACUAUGCCAGGAGCUUCCAGGAAAUACAGGACCUGAGGAACUACCUGAUCUCCAGGAACCCUGCUGAACCUGUGGCGUCAGAGGGGGACAAUAUUGUCGGCUUUGGUCGCAGGGCCAAAACCACCUGGAGGCAGAUCUGGGAGAGCAGGGCGGAUGGUUAUGCUGCCUACAUCUCACGCCAAAAGUGCAUCAAAAACAGCAAGAUGUACAACCUGCAGCAGUACAUCCUCAAGCAGGAAAGGGCUGAAUCCUGUCCAACACCUGCAGAAGGCUCCACUACAUCUACUGCCUCCAUCCCAACAUCAGGCACUCUAGAAGGCUCCACCACAUCUACUGCCUCCACCACAUCUACUGCCUCCACCCCAACAGCAGGCACUCUAGUGAUGGAGGAGGACGAGGAACUGGAGAGACAGAUGUUGAACCUGUCUCCAUCUUUAUUUGACACCGGAGUAAGCAGGUGGAUCAUCAAGGGUGAAACCGUAACUCUUCCGGUACUUGAUCAAAUGUCCCCUGUGCUUUCAGGCCCACCAGCAGCAGUCCAGGGAAGAGCAGCUGUGGAUCCAACGAAAGGUUUUUCUUCAUCAGUGCGGACGGAGGAUUCUGUUUACAACAGAAUUCACCUGUCGUUACUAUUUUUUGUCAACUAGUUUGUUAUUUUGGCCGUGUUCUGGUCUGUUCUGAUGUUUGUGUUCUCUUGCUCUCCAACUAA